UGCAUUCUCCUGUCAUAGUUGGUUUAUUUUACUUUCUUCUAAUUAAGGCUUGGAAGAGCUUAACUGUCCAGUGUGAAGCCUAUAUCACAGUCAAGCAAUAUCCUGCCAUAGCCUCUAUUAAAUAUGGCACAUCUGCACUUCUUGAUUGUAUAUUUGACUUCCAGUUUCUAUCCGAGGCUGAAAUUGAAGUCUACUGGAAUAUUAAACUGUUGAAUGAUUCCGUGAAGAAAAUAACCAUGUCUUCAAAGACGUUGCCUUUAGACCAAGGCGCUGCAUUAUCAAGGGAGGAUGGAAAAUACAAGCUCACAGGCGACCUUCUAAAAGGUGCAGUUUUCUUGGAAGUGAAGAAUCUUCAACCAAGGGAUGCUGGUCUGUACACCUGCAAAGUGGCACGCCUGAUACCACCUCCAUAUCUAGAAGGAAGUAGCAAUGGAACAUACAUCUGUGGAACAGAAGAUACAUUGCAAGACUCCUGCAAGUCAUCAGAAACCAAGUUUGCCAUAUGCUUGGGGACUCUGGCAGCCUAUACUUUUGUGAUCAUCCUGGCUUCCAUAAUUUAUGUACUGGUUACAAAAACAUCUAUCUUCUCACAUCCUCCUUCACGGCCAAGCAGAGACUCCAUGAUAUAUGUGGAUAUGAAUUUUGCAAAACAAAGCAUCAACAGUGAAGACUGAAAUCUAUGACGCUAAAAAUGUUGAAAAGUGACUGUCCCAGCCUUGGCUGAAAAAAAUUAAAGAAUGAUUGGAUUUCAUAUCAAAGCAUGAUGGGUGCAGAAAAUUAUAUGCUUAAGAAUAGCAUUAGUGUUUGUUUUUAAAAAUUAUAGAACUCAGAUUUGUUAUUAUAACCUGCAAUUCAAGUUACAGGUAGGUCCUCUCUAGUCUAGCACCUUUUGGUCUGGUGAUAUCCGUGAUCCGGCAUGAUUUUAGGUAGCCGGAUGUCCACUUAUGGGUAUGGCCAACCUUCCUGUUAAAAUUUGUUUACACCCACCAGUCCUGGCUCUCAAUGUUCAGUGCUGUUAUUUAGCUCUAAUUUACCCCUAAAUGUCUUC